ACUACUCUAGACUAUCAGGUUACUAUUAUUACAUCAACUGUUAAAUCAACUGUUACAUCAAACAUUAGACCAACUAUUAUAUCAACUAUUAUAUCAACUAUUAUAUUAAUUAUUAAAUCAACUAUUAUAUCAACUGUUAGAUUAACUGUUACAUCAAACAUUAAACCAACUGUUCUAUCAACAUUAUAUCAACUAUUACAUUAA